AUGAACUUAACCCUCAACCCGACUAAAUGUGAAUACAACAAGCCAUCCGUAGAAUUUUAUGGUUAUAUCUUUUCUAAAGGCGGUGUGUCUCUAGAUCCAAAGAAAGUCGAAGCCUUCCAACAAAUCAGUGCUCCACAGAAUCCAACCGAAGUGAGAAGCCUACUCGGGAUGGCGAAUUAUUGUUCACGUUUCAUCCCCAACUAUUCAACGAUAACUGAACCUCUACGCUAACUCACCAAAUCAAACGCCACCUGGCAAUGGACAUCAGCACAACAAACGGCUCUGGACACAUUAAAGAAACACCUUACCGAUGACAAAACCAUAUCAUAUUUUAACCCAAAGAGCGACUCCACCUUGAUUGUCGAUGCCAGCCCUGUAGGUCUUGGCGCAAUUUUCAUGCAAAAAAAUUCCAAAACGAAAGAAGAAAAAGUUAACGCCUUUGCUAGUCGUGCGUUAAACCCUGUUGAACAACGAUAUUCGCAGACCGAAAAGGAAGCUCUCGCUAUUCUCUGGGCAUGGGAACAUUUCCAUUUAUACGUCUACGGUUCUCAUUUUACAGUGAUUACAGAUCAUAAACCUCUUGAGCAAAUCCAUGCAAAUCCUCGAUCUCGAUGUUCAGCACGUCUUGAACGAUGGUCACUGAAACUUCAGCGAUAUGACUUCACUGUUAAAUAUCAGCCGGGGAAAUCAAACCCAGCUGAUUAA